AUCGGAUCGCGGUCGCCUGAUACAAUGACGCCGCGCUGCGGAGUUACCGAAAUCGGUAAUGCGGAGCCGUACUCUUUCUCUCCUCGUGCUCCGAGGUGCUCGAGUCGGUGGAGGGAGCUUCUAGGGCUGAAGAAGGCUAGCCAGAUGACUGUAGCCUCGAAGAAUGAAAAUCAGAAGCCAGAGCUGUCUUCAUCAAGCACAAGAAUGAAAUCUCUGAAGCAGUUUCUUCACAGGAGUUCCAAGCUCGCGAUCUCCGAGUCCUCAGAUACUCUAAAUCAUCCGUUGCUGAAGGAUUUAGAUUGUGAGUCAGUUUCUAUAUCCUCUUCUCGACUCUCUCUUUCUUCCUCAUCCUCUGGCCAUUCGCACGACGAUCUCCCUAGGCUCUCCCUCGAUUCGGACAAGCCAACAAAAUUCAAUCCAGAACCAAACUCAAUCUACGCCCACAAGAACCGGAUAAAUCUAGCGAAAUCUAGGGCAUCACGAUCAGAAGCGAAGAGAGUAGGGCGGAGCCCGGUCCGUCGGGCGCCGGGCGAAUCCAGUGGAGUGAGGAGCAGAGAAGUAUCCAUGGAUAGCCCUAGGAUGAACUCCUCGGGGAAAAUAGUGUUCCAGAGUUUGGAAAGGAGUUCGAGUAGCCCGAGUAGCUUCAAUGGCGGACCGAGAUUGAAGCACAACAACGGCAUUGAGAGGUCCUUCUCCGCCAAUGUGAGAGUACCGCCGGUGCUGAACGUUCCGGUGAGCUCGCUGAGGGGGUCAUCGAAGUCGUCGGGCUCAAUGUUCGGGUUCAGCCAGCUGUUUUCCACGCCGCAGAAGAGGAACGAAUCGACUUGCGGCGGCGGAAACUGCAGCAAAGGCCAGACGAGACACUGCAGAAACCGGAUCGCCAAAACCUGACGGAAUUUCCUAUUUUGGAAGCAAAAAGUAUAACGGGAGUUGGUACGGGAAAACGGCACCGUUUUGCAAGAUCAUGUAAAUAUGUCAGUUUGCGCUCUUUCUUUUUCUUUUAUUUUCAAACUUUUUUUCAAGUAACUUGAAUUGAAUAGAAGUGGCGUUUGAAAGACACGCGUGGAGGUGGGACGUGGGGGGCGGGGGGAGAAGCUAAAAAGGUGGGGAGCAUGUUGAGAUGCUGUCUCUUUCCAUGCAGUCCAAAGCGGUGUCGUUUUGCAUAUUCAACUAAAAUGAAUAAGAAGUGGAAGGGAGGUGGCAAGGCAAGUUGAGGGGCAGCGGGCAGCUCUUACUUUGAUAAAUAUUAUAAUAUUUAGGGUUUUGGGCAUCUUUUGUUUUUUUACGGAGUUUUGGAAAUGAUGCAAAAGUGUAUUCAAAUAGGGCUACUCAGCGCCUGUCUGCUCUCAGUUGAAUAGUUUUUUAUGCCU